AUGGAUGAAAAAAGAAAACACCAUAAAAAAAAAAAAGUUGGAAAAAAAGCUAAAAAUAAAAAAAUCAAUAAAAAUGUAAACAAAAAAUAUCAUAAAGCCUUUACAUUUAGUGGAGGAAUAAAUAGUGCCCAUCGACGAAAACAACAUCUAUAUGAAUUGGAAGAAAAAAAGUUACGAAUUAAUAAAACAAUAAAAGAGGGGUAUAAAAAUAGUCCUAUUAUUGUAGCUGUUCAUGGUCCUAAAGGUGUUGGAAAAAGCACAUUAAUAAAAAGCAUAAUUAAAUAUUAUGUUGGUAUUAAUAUAAAUGAAAUAAAUAAGCCUAUAUCAAUUUUUACAAAAAAUUUAAAAAGAUAUACAUUUAUAGAAAUAAAUGAUGAUAUACUUCAUAUGAUAGAUAUUGCAAAAAUAGCAGAUAUUUGUUUGCUAGUAAUUGAUGGUAAUUUUGGGUUUGAAUUAGAAACAUUAGAAUUUACAAGCAUAUUGAAUACUCAUGGUAUGCCAAAAGUUAUAGGCGUUGUUACAAAUAUGGAUAAAUUUAAAGAUAAUAAAAGUAUACGAAAAAGAAAAAAAAAAAUUAAUAAAAGGUUUUCAGAAGAAAUGGUAGAAGGAUCUAAAAUAUUUUUUCUUAGUGGAAUACAAAAUAAUAAAUAUAAUAAAACAGAGAUCAGAAAUUUAUGUAAAUUUUUAUCAGUUAUGAAAAGGCCAUUAAUAUCUUGGAGAGAACAACAUGGUUAUAUUCUUGGACUAAAAUUAGAUAUCGAAGAUAGUGAAUUUUGUAAAAGUGAACACAAAAGUGGUCUCUUAAAAGAUGAAGACAAUUUUGUGGAUAGUGAAGAUAUACAAUUAGGGAAAUUCCUCAACAAAUGUGAUGAUGAUAUAUCUGUAUAUGUUGAAGGUUAUAUAUAUGGAUCAAAAAUGUAUAAAAAUCAAAAUGUACAUAUACCAAAUAUUGGAGAUGUUCAAAUAAAAAAUAUUAAAUUAUUAGAUGAUCCAUUCAAAUUGAAUCAAGAAAAAAAAACUCCAAGUAUUUAUGCUCCAAUGUCAGAUGUUGGAAAUCUCUCUUUUGAUUUUGAUAACAUGUACAUCCAUAUUCCAAAUAGUAAAAUUAAUUUCACAAAACCGGAAAUAAUUCAAAAAGAAGAGAAAAACGAUCCCCACAUGGGCGAACAAAACAAUCAUCGCACGGGCGAAGAGCAAACUGGCGAUACAGACAAAAGUGGCGAUACAGGCGAUGAUGCUGACGAUACUGACAAAAGUGGCGAUACAGACGAAAGUGGCGAUACAGGCGAUGAUGCUGACGAUACUGACAAAAGUGGCGAUACUGAUGAGGAUGGUGAUAGUGACGGAAGUGGCGAUAGUGAGGACGAAAACGCAAAGUACUUAACAGAUAGCAUUAGAAUGGUAAGGGAAUUGCAAGAUUGCAAAUAUGUUUUUUCUAAAAAUCAAGAAGAAGAUAAUAUAAAAUUGUUUGAUACAAACGAAAGUGAAAUUAAAGGAGGAACAGAAGAGAGACGUAAAGCCCCAUCAAAUGUUUAUAUUAGUGAAAAACAAAAAAAAAAAAAAAUGGCAGAAAAUUACAUCAAUGAAAGAUCUAGAGAAUAUAAUAACUUGCAAUCGAUUUUAUAUGAAAAAAAAAAUAAAGAAGAAGAUUAUAAUUAUAUUUCGAAUAUAAACAUGUCAGAUAAUGAGCAUGGCGAAAACGAUGAAAACGAUGAAAAUUACAACGAUUUUUAUAAAAAAUACGCUUUGCAAAAUGACGAAAAUUACAACGACUUUUGUACAAAAUACGCUUUGCAAAAUGACGAAAAUGUUGAAUCGGAUUAUUCAGAAAAUGAAGAAAUGGGUCCAUACUCUAAUAUUGCUAACUUGAUUGCUUACGAAAAUAAAAUAAAUAUAGAUGUAUUUUUAUAUAAUAAUAAUUAUAUAAAUAGAAUAAACAACUCUUUAUAUUUUAAAGGAGAUAUAAUAAAUAUUAUAAAUAUAGAAAAAAGAAAAAUAAUAAAUCAAAAUACUAAUUCAGAUAUAUCUAUCCAAGAUAUCAAUAUGCAUAUAGUAAAAAAUAUUAUAUCUAAUGAAACAUCUAACUUAGAUAAAAAUCAAGAAAAUAUUUAUAGCUAUAUACAUCCUAAUAAUUAUUUUUUUAAUGAUAUAGAUUCAUUUAAUUUAGUAAAAGAUGAUGUUUUUAUAUUUAACAACCUUAGCAUAUUUAUUGGAGAUAUUGCACAAGACCAACUUGUAGAUAAUUUCUUUUUGAAAUAUGACGAACUAUAUAGUUCAUAUUUUGUGAAAAGUGAGGAUGAACAAAACGACGAAAUGGACGAAAAAAACGAAAAAAUGGAUGACGAAAUGAACGAAAAAGUGGAUGACGAAAUGAACGACAAAAGUGAAGCGAAAGGCGUUAGACCCAUUGAGGAGAAUCUUAAAUUGGCUAAAGAAAAAAAAGAAAAAGAAAAAGCGAAAUUUUUAGAAACAGAAGAAAUUGGAAUUAUAAGCAAUGCUUAUGGGACAUCAGUAAAUAUUGGUGAAUAUGUAAAAAUCGAAAUUAUAAUAAAAAGAAGUAAAUUAGAAAUCUUAAAAAAUAAUAUAAUCAUAUGUGGAGGGUUACAAAGAUAUGAAGAAAAAAAUUCUAUAAUACAUUGUAGAAUUAAAAAACAUAGAUGGUUUCCUAAAGUUAUGAGAUCAAAUGAUCCUUUAAUAUUUUCAGUUGGAUGGAGAAGAUAUCAAAGUAUACCAAUAUAUUCAAUAAAUGAAAGAAAUAAUGUUAGAAUAAGAUUUCUAAAAUAUACAACAGAACAUAUGCAUUGUAAUUGCACAUUUUAUGGACCAUUAGCAGGUGUUAAUAGUGGAAUAUUAGCUAUCUAUAAUUAUAAAAAGAUUCCAUUUUAUCGUAUAUGUAUAAAUGGAAUCAUUUUAGAAACAAAUAACAAUAUAAAUAUUAUGAAAAAAUUAAAAUUAAUUGGAGAACCAUAUAAAAUAUUUAAAAACACAGCUUUUGUUAAAAAUAUGUUUAACACAGAUUUAGAAGUUUGUAAAUUUAUUAAUUGCCCUGUUAUUACACCUAGUGGAAUCAAAGGUCUUAUAAAAAAUAAAAUAAAUGAUAAAGGUGAUUUUAGAUGUACAUUUUCAGAUCAAAUUAAAAAAAGUGAUAUAGUUAUAUUGAAAUUAUAUGUAAAUGUUUCUAUUAAAAAAUAUUAUAAUUAUGAUAUAGAAAAUAAAAUAAAAUCGAUAAAUGAAUUAAGAUAUAUAUAUAAUAUUUAUGUUAACCAUUCUAGUGGAUAUAAACAAAUACCAUUUAGACAUUUUUAUCACAAUAAAAUUUAUGUUAAACCACAAUUAUUAAAACAAUUACCUUUUAAAUCGAAACCUAAAUUAUUUAAAAAAAUUGAUCAUGAAAAUCAAACACAAAUAAAUAAUAAAAAAAAUGAUUCUAUUAAUUUUAAAGCUCUAGAAAAUCCUAAGUUAGCUGCUAAAUGGUAUCAAAUGUUACACUCGAUUAAAAAAAAUAUUAUUUUAAAAAGAAAAGAAAAAUCAAAAUUGUCAUAUCAUAAAAAAUUAAAAACAAAAAUAAAAAUUCAAGAAGAAAAAGAUAAAGUUGUAAAACAGAGAAAAAAAAAUUCAUACAUAAAAAAUCGAAAAGUUAAAUAA